GUACAAGUGAAGUAGAAAGAUGAGAAUCUCGAGUUAACAACGCCCCCACCCCAUAUAGAAUAUAAACCGAGAGGUAAAGAGCGGAAAAAGAGAGGCAAGAAAUUAAACGUUAAACGAGUGUUGGGAAAGGAAACGUGAUCGUCAAAUAGAAAUAUAUUAAGAGAAAGAGAAAAGGGAGGGAAUAUUCUCAUCGCUAAUCAACAUCGUAGAUAACAACAAUAGUGUCAUUCAUUCACUAUUACUACUAUCAUUUCUUAUUCUAUUUGACAUAUUACUACUACUACUACUAUUCCUACUACUAUUCCUACUACUACUACUACUACUACUACGUCUGCUACUCGUACCCCCCACCACCACCACUAUUAUAGGUUGAUGUUAAACUGUUGACGUGAAGGUUCUACAAGAAUGCUUGAUCUUUGAUUUCAGCUACUUAUAAAAGUACAUCAAACAGCACACCAUGGGGACAUUGUUCCGCAGCGAAGAAAUGACAUUAUGUCAAUUAUUUUUGCAGUCUGAAGCAGCAUAUGCUUGUGUAUCAGAACUUGGAGAGUUAGGAUUAGUGCAAUUCAGAGAUCUAAACCCUGAUGUGAAUGCCUUUCAGCGCAAAUUUGUAAAUGAAGUUCGCAGAUGUGAAGAGAUGGAAAGGAAACUUCGUUUUCUCGAGAAAGAGAUUAAAAAAGAUGCAAUUCCCAUGCUUGAUACAGGGGACAAUCCUGAUGCACCAGUCCCCAGAGAGAUGAUUGAUUUAGAGGCAACUUUUGAGAAGCUUGAAAAUGAAAUGAAAGAAAUUAAUGCCAAUGCUGAGGCUUUGAAGCGGAAUUUUCUGGAAUUGACAGAACUUAGACAUAUACUACGCAAAACACAGAAUUUUUUCGAAGAGGCUGAAUCCAAUCACAAUCUGAAUUUGCAUGAUUCUGGCAAUAAUGAGGAGUCAACUAUGCUACUGAUGGAUGAAACUUUUUAUCAAGUUGGCCUGGCAUUAAAAUUAGGGUUCUUGGCUGGUGUUAUUCAUCGUGAACGUAUCCCAGCCUUUGAACGAAUGUUAUGGAGAGUUUGCCGAGGUAAUGUUUUCCUAAAACAAGCAGAAAUUGAGCCACCUUUGGAAGAUCCUGUCACUGGAGAUCAUGUGUACAAGUCUGUGUUUAUUGUAUUUUUCCAAGGAGAUCAACUUAAGUCAAGAGUGCGAAAAAUCUGUGAAGGGUUCCGAGCCACUCUAUACCCGUGUCCGGAGACUCAAGCUGAAAGACGAGAAAUGGCCAUGGGAGUAAUAACACGAAUUGAGGAUCUCAACACAGUUCUUGGCCAGACUCAAGAUCAUCGCCACCGAGUUUUGGUAGCUGCAGCCAAGAAUAUUAAAGUGUGGUUCAUCAAAGUGAGGAAGAUCAAAGCAAUCUACCACACUUUGAAUAUGUUCAACUUGGAUGUCACACAGAAGUGUCUCAUUGCUGAAUGUUGGUGUCCAGUUGCUGAUCUUGAUCGGAUACAGCAAGCUUUACGUCGAGGAACUGAAAGAAGUGGUAGUAGUGUACCAUCUAUACUAAACCGGAUGGUUACAAAGCAAGAACCUCCUACCUAUAACCGUACUAACAAAUUCACUGAAGCAUUCCAAGCUAUAGUAGAUGCUUAUGGAGUAGCAUCAUACAGAGAGGUUAACCCAGCUCCCUUUACAAUUAUAACAUUCCCCUUUUUAUUUGCUGUGAUGUUUGGAGAUGCUGGACAUGGCUUCUUGAUGACCCUCUUUGCAGUUUGGAUGAUUGUGAGGGAAAAAGUAUUAUCAACCAAAAAAGGGGAUAAUGAGAUCUGGAAUACCACAUUUGGUGGGCGCUAUAUAAUUCUACUUAUGGGAAUUUUUUCCAUAUAUACUGGUUUCUUGUAUAAUGAUGUAUUUUCAAAAUCUCUCAAUAUAUUUGGAUCAUCAUGGUAUACUAACAAAACUGUGCCUAAAGGAAGCAGUAUCAUAUUCAAUCCUGGGACCAUGUAUAGCUCCACGCCUUAUCCAAUUGGUUUGGAUCCAGCUUGGCAGUUCUCUCAGAACAAAAUCACUUUCACUAAUUCUUUCAAGAUGAAAACUUCUAUUAUACUUGGUGUGUCUCAAAUGAUGUUUGGUGUUUUCCUGAGUUUAUCAAACCACAGAUAUUUCCAGAAACCAUUGAAUGUAUUCUGUGAAUUCAUUCCUCAAAUUAUAUUCCUCUCUUGUUUGUUUGGUUAUCUGGUCAUUUUAAUUUUUGUGAAGUGGGUAAAUUUUGAUUACACAACUGCCGGUACAGCACCAAGUUUACUUAUAGGUUUAAUUAAUAUGUUCCUUUUUAAAUAUCCCAAUAGUCCUUCAUAUGAGAAACCAUUUUACUCUGGUCAGCCUGGUUUCCAAGGAUUUUUAGUGGUGGUAGCUUUUCUUUGCGUGCCGUGGAUGUUGUUGGUAAAACCUUAUCUGCUUAAAAAGAAGCACAUGGCACAACAGCAGACCCCUCAAAGUAGCAAUAGACUACUGCAGCAAAAUGGUAGCCCCCACCAUCCUGACAACUCUUCCACAGGGAUGAUGCAGUCACCACCACCUCCGCCACACCUUCAACAACAGCAGCAGCUGCAGGAGGAGGAGCAAGCGGAGGUUAUACACUUUGAUGUAACUCAGUCCCAGUCUUUUGGUGAUGAAAGUGAAAUGAAGGACUUCGAUUUUGCUGAUACUCUGAUUCAUCAAGCUAUCCAUACCAUUGAAUAUUCUUUAAGUUGUAUUUCAAAUACAGCUUCCUAUCUUCGACUCUGGGCACUGAGUUUAGCUCAUGCACAGUUGUCUGAAGUAUUAUGGACGAUGGUGAUGAGAAAAGCUUUAAACCAGUCAGGUUAUGGUGGAGUUAUUAUGACGUUUAUGAUAUUUCCAUUAUGGGCAGUUCUCACAGUAACAGUUUUAUUGGUGAUGGAAGGGUUAUCAGCCUUCCUUCAUGCUCUUCGAUUACAUUGGGUUGAAUUCCAGAACAAAUUUUAUCAAGGCUCUGGAUAUCUGUUUCAGCCAUUCUCUUUUGAACACAUUUUGGAUUAUGGAGGUGAUGAAUGAGCUAUUACUGUUGUAGUGCUGGGCCUUGUAUCAUCGUCACAGAUCCAGUAGUUGAUAUGCUGCUACUAAAAUUAGUAACAUACCCUCAUGAAUUGUUGUUGUUGUUGCCAUUGUUGUUAUUCUUUCUCUUUUUUGGUUACAGUCAUACUUUCACUGCUGCAUUUAAACAGUCACAGUAAAAAAAUACUGAUCUGAUGUUUUCCCCUUAGAUAUUUAUUCAAUUAACAUUAUUAAUUUGGGAUUUUCAUUAGUGAUCAAAUGUUUUAGAAAAGAAUUUUUUUUCUUUUUUCUUAACUCUUCACACCAGUAAAUUAUGAGAAAAUACUUUAAUUUCCAGAAUACUUUUCAUUAAUAUAGUUGUUUAUAAUGAUGCAAAGGUUAGUAGUUGGCAGAAUGAUGAACAAAAUAAUUGUGGUAUUUAGUUGUUACCUCCAUGGAGGUGACUGCUUUUCCUCUUGAAACUUUUCAUUUUUCUUGGACAGUAAUCCUAAACAUUUGACAUUGAUCUCUUAGUCUACUAAGAAAUAUUUUUAAUGUAUUAGUCUGAAUAAACUAUGUGCAAUACAAGUAAAUUUUCUGAAUGAAUUUCAAGAUAUUUUCAGUUAUGUUAGAUAUAGUCCUGUUUCCACAAUUUUAUUUGUGCCACAUGUGGAAAACAAUUUUUCAUUAUUUCUCACACACAUUAAGAAACUUAGUUUUCUUCAUAUAAAAUCUUACUAAUUUUGAUUGUAAAACUUAGGGGUACACAUGACUACAUUUUAUCACUUCCAAUUUUGUGCUAAAAUUAAAAUUUAGUUUCAACUUGUACAAUCUGGUAAAAUAAUAAUUUUUGACUUCUAUGAUAUAAUAUAACAGACUAUAAUAUGAUAUAUAUAUAUAUGAGUUGUACUUGGUUAGCUAGUGACUCGAUCCAUUCUUGAAAUGGAAAUAAUUGCAUCGUGUUGGUCAUUUUUGCCAUUUAAGCACACGCAAACAGUUUGUAUUCAUUUUUCUAGUGAUAGUAGUAUUGAGAAAUAAAAUGAGAAUAACAGAUGUAUUUAAAUGGUUAACACGACUUUUCCACAAUGUAAUUGUAUUAACUAGGUCAUAUAAAUUUAUCUAUGUAGAAAUUGUGCUAUUGUUGUCAAUAGUUUUCAACUCAGUAAAGUAUUUUCCAUCUUAAACCCUUUUUUACUGUUUGGCAGUAAAUUUAGUUUAAAUUUUUCAAAAAACAAACCCAUGUGCAUGCAUGCACACACACACCUAUAUACAUAUACUUGUACUAAUUCUAGAUAAAAAAUAAAAUAUUUGGACUUCAGUGUAAGUAGUUAGUUAUUGAAAACUAAGUUUUGUAUUUUUAGUGGCCUUUAGUGGGAUAAUACAGUAAGUUCUGCAACCUAAUUUUGAUCCUGAGUUGGAGUAUUUUCACUUCACUUCACUUCAUGGUUUCUUCUGAAAAGUAUGUGAACAUAUUCUCAUUUCACUUCUCUCAAUCUGCAAGAAAUUUUAAUUCAGUCUCCAUAAUUCUUUCAUAAUGUUGUUAGUGUUUCUUUAUUUUUCUCUUUUUUUUUCAUAUUUUAUUUAAUUAAAAUGUAAAAAAAAAAACUAAAAAAAAUAUUGAUCUUGGCUGAUCUGUGUAUCAUUUAUAUAUCUCUUCUCUCACUCUCCUUUUUGAUAUUUAGCUAAUAACUUCUUCCAUAAUAUUGUUAUCCUCUGUAUCUGCAUAAAGCUGGCCAAAUAUGAUGGAGGCAGGAUAAACAGCAAACACCUUACCACUCUAUCUAGAUGGUAUUGGUACCAUUGUUGUCAGUAGAGGCAGGAUCACAACGAUUGUAAUAUGGAGAUGGGGAGUUAAGUGUCCCCUACUCUCUUGAACUAGCUGUGUAGGCAGGGUCACAACGACUGAAUCGAAUGGAAGGCUGGGAUUUGUUGAAAAUACAUAACCAAUAUGUUGCCUAUUAUUUUCAUUUUUCUUGGAAUAUAUAAGUAACCAUUUUAGAAUCAAUUAUAUUAACUACCUGAUUACAGUUCAACAGAAUAUAAAGCUCUAUAAUAGUGUUUUUUAAGAUGAUAAUUUUCUUAAAUGAAAAAUUCUCAUUUUACUUAAUUGAAAUUUCAAACAAAGUGCAAUAUCUAAAUGAAAUAAUUUUAUUAUUAUUUUCCUUUGUUUGUUUCUGAUAAACAAUAAUUUAGAUUAAAUUGAUAUUUUAGUAAUACAACAUUUCUGAAUACAAUUUCAAAUACUUUAAUAUUUCUUUGUCUUGAAUUCUAAUUAUGUUGCGUUGGUUCCUAUAUUGAUAAACUUGCCCCUAUAUAGGAUGGACCUAAUCUUUUCUACUGUUUUCUUGUUUUCAAUGGGAUUACCAAUACAUCCUAAAUUGGUUAUGUAUUGAGUCACGUCCAUUUUUUACUGUGUUCUCCUCUCCCCCACCCACCCCAGCCUUCCCCCCCAUCUUAAUAACCUACACAUACCAGAAGUAUUCUUUAAUAGGGUUUUAUUUAUGUGUCUCCUGAUUGUUGAUAUUUUCUUCCUCAAAAUUUUAGCUUUGGUUUUUUUUUCCUUGUACUUUAAUUUUCCUCAUAAAUUUCCUCUAUUUUCCUAACUUAUUCCCUUCAUUUGACAGUGCCUAUCAUUUCAAUACAUCGACUCCUUUAUACUAUUAAAGGGCUAUAUUUUUUCAACUGAAUUUCUCUCUCAUUUUAAUUAAAAAAACAAAUAGAUAUAUACAUAUAUUUUUCUCUUUAUAUAUAUUUUCCCUUAUUCGAAAUAAAAUAAGGAUACAGUGGUUUUUCAUUGUUCAUUUCGUUUUUCCUUUAUAUAUAAAUACAUCUGUAGAAAUUUAGUGAAAUUUACCUGCCAAAUAGAAUAGAAAAGUGCCGAAAAGAAGUUGUUCUGGUUGUUCUAUUCUUAAUGAUACCCACUGACUAAAAUCAGUCUAAUUUUACCAUUCAUUGAGAAAUUUGUAAUUUUGCAAUUUGUGGGAAAUUUGCCUACCCUAACAGAAAAGCUAUGAUACCAAAUAUUUAUUGAUACAUAGAUAAUUGCCAAGAUCUAGUUAGGUUUUCUCUUUUACAUAUUGUCUCAUUAAUGAGUUGUGUGUAUGUAAACUCUCCAUUUCUUGCAAAAAUACACAAAAUAAAGUCUCUUGUAAGGGGAUUUUAAAAAACUUAGUUAUAAAUUAUAAGCAUUCUUUACAUCAUUAUUUUAUACACUUAACUACUUAGUUCUUAUUAAAAAAUGAAAUUAUAAAGUAUUACUUAAACUGAAAAUCUAAAUUUCACAUUUUUUAAAAAUUAAUUUUUCUAUUCUCAUAUCUAAAAUUAGUUUAUUUGUAAUUUUAUUUUUCCCAAAAUUUAUACAAAGAUCAAUCAGAAAUGAAGUGAAUUCAUUUAAAUAGAAAAUUUAAAAUGUUUAUUUUUAUUAUUUUUUGUAGCUUAUGAACCAUAGCGUAGUGUGUGUGUGUAGAAGGAUUGUAUUAAGGUUUCAGAUCUCUGUAGAAGCCAUAGCCAUUUAGACUAUAAAACAUUGAAUAUAGUAUAUAUGAUCAAACAAGUGGAACACUCAGUUGUGAAAGCUAACAUGAGACCUAUACUUAAACAUACACAUAAUUUGUAAACAAAAAUAAGGCUAAAUGUAGUAGAUAAAAAUAGUAAUAUAUAUCUAAUGCAUUUAUAAAAUCGCAAUUAAAUGUUACUAUUUUACCAUGAGUUAAAGUUCCAUGCUAAUUAGAUUGUUUUCCAGCUGGAUAUAUUUAUAAACAUUUAUAGAGUACAAUCAUAUCAGUAUUGUAGUAACCAUGUUGGUGAUUGAAGAGUUUUAGUAUCAAAAGUAUACAUUGGAAAUGAGAAAUUAGGAGGUGGAAAUAUAUUCAAAUAUAUAAACAAAAUAUUUAGAAGAGAAAAUGUGAAGAUGAAAAUGAAAGAAAAUAGACAUAAGAUGUCAGACUUAGGUGGCUUAGAAAAUUUGCUAUUUAUUAAAAAAUAAAGAUUUUCCAGGAACAAUGGUUGCUGAGGUAAAGCAAUUCACAUAGCUCUAAGCUUUAUGUACUUGUAACUAUAUAUAUUUAAUUAUAAUAAUUUUACCAAUGGUAAAAUAAAAAUAAAAAUGCACUGAAUAGCUCUGAAUAUUUUACCAGUCUGUUCUGAACUCCUUAUUUAUAACUGUGUAUGUGAGUAGUUAUAUAGUAUACCUAUAUCAGAAAUACAUCUUUUCUGUUAGAUAAAGAUUUGUCCCUACUAUUAAAAGAAAAUAGUAUUCUCUCAUAGUUGUUUCAAAUAUCAGUGAAUUGUUGUUUAACUUCAUAAGAAUAAAAAUAGAAUCAUAAAUGUUUAUAAUCUUUAGAAAAUUCUGUGCUGACUUGAAAUGGCAAGAAUCUCAAUUGUUGCAUCAUUGCAAAAUUUUAUAUAAAUUCCUUAUUGUAGAAAUUAUAAUUCAAUAUAAGUUUUCCUCUUCUAGUUUGUUUUACUUUUUACCCAUGCUAGUGUAAUUUGAAUCAUUCUGAAAUUUUAUAUAUUUACAUAAACUGAAGUUGGGAACUGUUGUUGAGUUUUAGCUCUUCUUGAUAGAGUGAUAUAUCUUGCCCAAGGACACACUGUGAUGCCAUUGGUUACAUGUGUAAGAUGUUUUAAUUGUACAAACAUAACAAGGGGAAAGGACAGGCAUACAGAAAGAUGGACAUGGAAACAUAAAGACAAACAAACAUACAAAUACACACACAGAAAGCAAGGAGAAACAUGUGGACAUCGGCCAGGCAGACAGAUGGACAUGCAAACAUUACAAGGUUAGACACGCAUAACAAAGACUGACUGACAGACAUACAAAAAAAAAACUACUUUCAUUAAUCUUUUAACCCCCUUCUCCCAUUUGGAUUCAAAAAUUGUUUUUUUCUUUUUGUUAUUGACAAUAUGUUUUUCCUCAGUAAACAAUUUCUAUUUUGAAAUGUUACCAAUAUAAAGAACAAUUAAAGCUAGAUAUUCUUUCACCAGCGUUAGUCUUCAUCUCUACCCUAUAUUUCUUUCUUUUAUUUUCAACUUCUUGUUUUGGGGGGUUUUUGCUUUUUUUUGUUUUUGUUUUUUGUUGUUGUUUUUUUGGAUGUCAGUUUGGAAAAUUUUUAAGAUUAAAGAUUCUAGAAUAGUAAAUGGAAAUGAAUGAUUGUUUUUAUUUGUUUUUCAUUUCUGUUUAGAUUUUUGUUUAUAUGUGCUUAUACAGGUUGCUCAUCUUCUCAUGUGAUUGUAAGGUUCGUUACCAUUUUGCUGUUUUGAAUCAGCUAUCAAAAUUAUGAAAAAGAUGAAGUGAAACCCAGAACAACUUUAUAUAUAAAAGAAUAAAAUUAAAUUAGUUUCGUACAAACUUACUACUCUUUUGGCUUAUUAAUACAAAAGCCACCUCUGAUAAA